AUGGGAAUAGUCAAAGCGGCGUUAACAUUCGACGCUAUUUUUGCAGCUAUCUCCGGAAUAGCGUUAUACCUUUUUCCGUCAAAGUUUGGAGACCUGUGUUUUCAAAAAGAGACCGAUGGAGUUCAUUGGCAUCUGAUCAGAUGUGUUGGAGGUCAGGUUUUUGCCUCAUGCCUGGUUUCAUUCAAAUUUCGAGGAUCCAGCACGACAAGCCAAUCUGUUUGUCAUUUCAUCAGAAUGAUCCCGUCAAUCCUCAUUCUGAUGCUUGUUUUCCAAAUCCAAUCAGUCACGCCCACGUUGAUUGAAAGCACGACACUCAAAUUCUUCAAAUACCUCAUGAUUUCAACGAUUGCUCUUCAUGUUACAUUGCUCUCAAUCGCUGGAUGGAAAACAGGCACCAAACUGAUUGCUGCAAACAAAUUUGGAAAUUUUCUUUAUCAACUUGAUGCUCUCGCUUCGAUUUGCAUCGGAACGUGCUGGAUGACUUUCCCGAAGUGGCUGCUUCAUCGACAGGUUCUUGUCGAACUGGACGAAUCCCAUGAGUUUCUUGGGAGAGUGAUGGGUGCUAACUUUAUUGCUUCCUACAUUGUAUCAACUCAUGCGCUGCAUUGGGAGACAAACGAAGACAGAUAUGCUGCUGUGGAUGGACGUGUCAUCUGCUGCCUUUCAAUUCUUGGAGCACAAAUCUGGUCACAAACUUACAAGCACUGGUCUGGAAACCAUUGGGUUGGCAUCAGUCUCUUCUCCACAUGGACCGUUAUCUCCUUGAUCUACAGGUCUUGUUUGACGUUCGCCAAAAAUCAUGUGCAAAAGAAAAGUGAAUAA